AUGAGCUCAUUUGAAUUUAAUUCGUUCGAUCAAGGACCACCAACCAAUGUCAAUGGCGAAAUGAUUUCGCCGAAAAUUAAUUCGACCAGUGAACAGUGUGAGAAUUGCUGGGUGUGUGAGCAUCGUUGGCCGGAAAUUCGUAAUAUGGUUAAGUUUCGAAGCGUUGUUGGCACUGCACCAGUCUCAUCGUGGUGGAACAAUAGUCGCAAUCAAAUUGCCUUUUGCCGUGGUACUAGCGGCUUCGUUGCCUUCAACAUUGAACCAUUCGAAAUGAACGCAAAACUUUUCACCUGCAUGCCGUCCGGCGUCUACUGCGACAUAAUUACCGGGCAACUAGAUGCCAAUGGCAAAUGUACCGGCAACCAAAUUGCGGUCGAUGAAAACGGAGAGGCAGACAUUCGACUCGCGUCCGGCAUCGGUGUGCUUGCCAUUCAUAUUGGGGCUAGAGUUGACUUCCAAUCAGAAGUUAUUAUUCGAUUCUAAUUUCAUAUCAUGGGUGAUGAGAGGAGUGCGAGUGUGACACGGAGAAAGAGAAACAAAUCCAUCGUCAUUACAUGCACGAUCCCAAUUAUUAAUAUUAUCCCUAUUAUAUUUAAUUUGAUUAAGCUUGAACUGAAUUAUUCUAAUUAAAACCUGAUGAAAAAAUCAUCAAGAAAAUCAGAUAAAAAUGUUUGACCUAAUGAAAUGUGUUCCGAUCGGGAUUUGACAUUCUGUGUUCUUGAAAACACUUGUAAUUUAUUUGAUUACUGUUUAACUAAUAGCAGUAAUAAAUUAUCAGUGAGUU